CAUUUCCUCUCCCUGCGCGCAGGCAUCCAUCCCAACCCAAACCAAACCAAACCAAACACCCCAGUUCGCUUUCCUUAAUCUCUGUAACUCUUGUAAUGUGAUUGUAGCAGUCAGAGAUAUAUAGACAGAGACAGAGACAGAGAGAGCGAGAAACACACACACAAGAAAACAAAAAAACAUUUAAAGAAACAAAUAAAAAGAAAAGAAAAUAAAAGAAAGAAAGAUUAGAGAGAGUCCUGCAUUGGUAGAUAUUUUAUAGUGGAAGAAGAAAAACAAGGAUUUAUGAUAAGCAACUUCCUUCCUCUACCACCCAAUUAACUUUCCUGUUCCCACUUGGAUGGCUGACCCGAACCCGAACCCGAACAGGAACUCCUCCAACGGACCCUCCAAGCGCUUCAAGUCCAAGCCCUUCUACAUCCCACCCGGCCACGUCGGCUUCCGCCUCCUCUGCCACGCCUCCCGAAUUGGCGGCAUCAUCGGCAAGUCCGGCGCCGACAUCAAAAACCUCCAGCAAGCCACUGGCGCCAAGAUCCGAAUCCAGGACGCCCCGCCCAACUCCCCAGACCGGGUCAUACUCGUGAUUGCCCCCGACGGCGACGAUGAGGUUUCCGAGGUCACCAAGGCCCAGGACGCGCUGCUUAAGGUGUUCGAGAGGGUUCUCGACGUCGCUGCCGCCGACGAGGUCGGGGACAGGGUGGUGUCGUGCCGGCUGGUGGCGGACACUUCGCAGGUCGGUGGCGUCAUCGGAAAGGGAGGGAAGGUGGUGGAAAAGAUCAGGGAAGACACCGGAUGUAGAAUUAGGGCUUUGAAUGAUAAGUUGCCGGCGUGUACAUUACCCUCCGACGAAAUAAUUGAGAUAGAAGGCAAUGUGUCAUCUGUAAAGAAGGCCCUUGUUGCUGUCUCUCGUCGGCUUCAAGAUUGUCCUCCAGCUGAUAGAACGAAGAUGAUAGGAAGCAGACCCUAUGAAGUAAUUCAGCAUGAAACUUUUGCAGUUCCAUACGAGAGUUUAACCAAUCUGCAUAUAGAUAAUCGUCUGCAGAGGAACUCUGUCUUGUCUACCUCAUCCAGUAGGUCUAAUGGCAAUGCCUCUGGAGUUCAUACAUUGUCAGCUGAAGUUAAUAGGGUCUCAACCCUGGAUCCAAAAGCACUUAAGCAGGAAGUUACUUUUAGAAUUCUUUGUUCCAAUGAUAGGGUUGGUUGUGUAAUUGGAAAGGGCGGCUGCAUGGUAAAAGCUCUUCAGAAUGAAACAGGGGCUGCUAUAAGUUUUGGUCCUUCACUUGUUGAGUGCGACGAUCGAUUAGUUACUGUUAGUGCUUCAGAGUUUUGGCAGAAUCCAGAAUCAAGAAAUUCCCCAGCACAAAAGGCUGUUGUGCUUGUUUUCUCGAAGUCUGUUGAGGCUUUUGGGUCAUCUGUUACUGCACGACUUGUAGUCCCAUCAAACCAAGUCGGUUGUUUGUUAGGGAAAGGAGGAGCAAUUGUCUCAGAAAUGCGAAAGACCACAGGGACUAGCAUAAGAAUAAUUGGGAAUGGCCAGGUUCCAAGGUGUGCAUCAGAUAAUGAUCAAGUAGUACAGAUCUCAGGAGAGCUUUCAAAUGUUCAAGAUGCGUUAUAUAAUGCAACUGGCAGACUGCGAGAUCAUCUUUUUUCCAGUACACAAAACAGUGCUGGGAGCCUUUCUCAAAGCAUAGAUCAUCUUUCACUUUCUCGAAAUAUAGAUUAUCCUUCUUCACCAGGGCUACGGGCACAACAAACGGCGGCUGGGAUAAAUUCUAGAGGCAUCAAUGAUGUUGGCAGGGCAUUGACUUCUCAAAAAGGCAGCUUAGAACUUGUUAGUGGGAAUAAAACUGCCGUUGUGACUAAUACAACUGUGGAAAUUGUGGUUCCUGAUGAUGUUAUUGGCUCUGUAUACGGAGAAAAUGGUAGCAAUCUGGCUCGAUUGAGACAGAUAUCAGGUGCCACGGUUAUUGUCCAUGAACCUCGUCCUGGAACAAGUGACAGGACUAUUGUCAUAUCCGGUACACCUGAUGAAACCCAAGCAGCGCAGAGCCUUCUCCAAGCAUUUAUUCUCAGUGGUUCAUCAUAAUGACAAUAUCCCCCUCAUCGAUGUUUCAUUGUUGACUGUCUUAGUUUUUUUUUUUUUUUUUUUAAUUUAUUAAAUCCUCUUAUCCUUCUUGACUCCACCUGAAAUAAUGUACAUAAUAUAUAAGGAAAAUAUCCAAGCCAUAUAUCAACUCAGGCAGCUCGAGGACGAGUUUUGGAAUAGCAGUAAGGUUAUUCUUUGUAAUUGAAAAGUUAUGGGUUCAAAUUUUGGAAAAAAUCUCUUUGUGAAAACACAAAGGUAAGAUUAUGUACAAUUGACACAUAUCCUCACCAGUCAAGAGCUUUGUGCAUCGGGAUUUGUCUUUUAUAUCAGCUUAGGCAGUUCACUGUAUUGUAGUGUACUUAUUUAAACAUCAGUCUCUUGAUUUAUUAGGUAGGGCAUACUUCAGGAACAGCGAGCUCUUUCAUCCAACAGGUUUUGCCUUUCUUUUUCCAGUUCCUUUUUGAAUUAUUACCCUGUUAAGGAUGACUGUCUUAAUUCAACUAUUGUUUGGAUUCUAUUUCAUAUGAUUUUAGAUGAUCUCGCUUUAAAUACCUCACAUUUUAUUGUCCGUGAUGAGCGUAUGUAA